ACGUCAGUCGUUUUUCUGAAUUCGUCUCGUGAGCACCUGAUAAAACUUGAUUGAAAAGCCUGAAAAUUGUGCAAAUCGAAAUGGCAGAACAGACCGAAGCUCCAGUUGUCGCUGCGAAAGCCCCCAGGGCCAAGGCACCAAAGUCUACUAAACCGAAGGUUGCCAAGGCUCCUUCUGCUCAUCCUGCAUUCAAAGACAUGGUUGCUGCGGCCAUCGGUUCUCUGAAGGAGAGAAACGGAUCAAGCCGUGCUGCGAUCCUGAAGUACAUCAUCGCAAACUACCGAGUCGACGCUGAUCAGAAGAAAGUCAACACACGAGUGAAGGUCGCACUGAAGAAGGGUGUCUUGACAGGAGCCCUGAAGCAGGCCAAGGGAACUGGCGCAGCAGGUUCUUUCAAGUUGGCAGACAAGAAGGCCGCUGAGAAACCCACGGUGGUCAAGCCAAAGAAGGCCCCGAAAGCUGAGAAGCCGAAAAAGGUGAAGACGCCCAAGAAGCCAGCAACCAAGAAGGCGGCGAAGGCAACACCCAAGAAGCCCAAGGCGGCCAAACCAGCAGCCGCUGCCAAGAAGGCAAAGUCUCCAGCAAAACCCAAGGCAGCUGCAGUCAAGAAGCCAAAAGCAGCAAAGAAACCCGCAGCCAUCAAGAAGCCCAAGGCAGCGGCCAAAAAGAAGGCAACCCCCAAGAAGGCGGCGAAGAAGUGAAUGUUGGACUGAUAUUUUUUUUACAUCAUGUUCUUGCCCAUGAUCUCAAAAUCCCUGUGGGGUAGGUUUUUUUAUGGCUAAGUUAUCGCUUAGUUUCUUGUUUGUUCAAGAUUAAAUGAGCAAGCAUCUUCUCAAAGCGAGGAUUCACUGUUCUCGGUUCUUUCGAGCAGUGAUUGUUUUGCCCUAUGUUUCAUGAAUCCCUACCGGUGCUGUUCUGGGACAAUUUUUUUUAUUCCAUCGAACACAAGGCGAUUCGAGUGACUCCUUUUUUAGUGGUUGAAGUUGCUGUAUGAAUGAGUGCUUGAAUGGCGAUUAUAAUUACUUGAGGUAUUUUUAAGA